UGGUUCCUGUCAGCUUCCGUAGUAACAAUCUGUGGGCGGAACACUCAGCGCCCGGGGAGGGAGAGCGCGCUGUUUACUUCCGGGGAUACUUCGGGAGAGGAGACUUGAGUUCCGGGGCAGUAUUCGGCCCGGUCCCAGCGCUGGGAUCGUGUUGUGUGCGGAGGGAUCUCCCCCCUCCGUCUGAGAGGGGAGCGGGCACCGGGAGGCCCAGCGGCGGCGGGGGGGAAAGAUAUGGAUAAACUGACUAUCAUUUCAGGAUGUCUGUUUCUGGCCGCGGAUAUCUUUGCUAUCGCCAGCAUCGCCAAUCCGGACUGGAUAAACACCGGGGAAUCUGCGGGUGCUCUCACAGUCGGCCUUGUCAGGCAGUGUCAAACCAUACAUGGUCGUGACAGGACCUGUAUUCCUCCACGACUCCCCCCGGAGUGGGUUACAACACUGUUUUUUAUCAUCAUGGGGAUUAUAUCAUUGACUGUUACUUGCGGUUUGCUAGUGGCUUCCCACUGGAGAAGAGAGGCUACAAAAUAUGCCCGCUGGAUAGCAUUCACUGGCAUGAUCCUCUUCUGUAUGGCAGCAUUAAUAUUCCCCAUAGGAUUUUACAUCAAUGAAGUUGGUGGACAACCUUACAAACUACCCAAUAACACUGUAGUUGGGUCAUCUUAUGUACUUUUUGUGUUAUCCAUUUUCUUUACUAUAGUGGGACUAUUAUUUGCAGGCAAAGUAUGCUUACCUGGCUGAUGUAACAGGGAGCUACCAGACUUCUUCAUGAAAUGGAUAAUAUGAAUUUGUUGGGAGGGUUGGUGGAGAAAGGGUGGGCGGGGGGAUUCUCUGAAAACCUCUGAGGACAUUGCCUUCUCAGCAAGAAUACCUGAUAGGGACAAGAGAACUGAGCGGAUAAAAGACAUUGACUUGUUCUCACUAUGCACUUUGGAUCAAAUGGAGAGCCUUUCUUUCCACAACCAAAUACAAAUAUCAUUGACUGACCUCCUGAGCAUAUUCAUGCAGUCAGGUCUGCACUGUGACGUGGACUCGUGAAGAACAAUGCUUUACACUGACAAGCAAAUCUGACCUUUAUUACUGUACCCGAUUCCGGUUUUCAUUGUCUGCUAACAACGGAAUUGAAGAGAAGAGAAAAAAAAAAAAAUCAAGAGUAUUUAUAAACUUUGCAUAUGACCUAGAAGCGUUUCAUGGCUGAGUGAGGCUGGCCUCACUUAACGAGGAGAGUGCAGUGGAGGAUUCAUGGAAUAUAGAGACUUGGUAACCGAAGAGUCCACUACACUAAUAAGCAAAGAUCAAAGUCUGUUCAACACCUGAUUCAUCCUAUGGCUGAAAGCUUGGUUUUACAAAUACAGCUCCUGUCAGUUUAAUGCGAUUUUGGAUUCUAAUGGGCAGAGAUGGAGAGAAUAGCAGUUUGAGGUUAUUGGUACUAAUAGGUGUUGCUGGGGAUAGGGGGUGGGACGGGAAUCAUUUAAAAAGAAAUACAGUGAACAGUGCUUUGCAUAUACAGAGUGAGCAUUGCAUUCCUUUUAAAGGAAAACACUACCCAUUUCUCCUCCACUUCUGUGCUGGGGAACUAGAAGAAAACACUAACUAUGUGGGGUGGGUUUGGCCUCUUCAUUUAUAUUUAUAUGAAUAUAUAUUUUUUGCUGAUGCAGUAUACAAUGUAUAUACAGGCAGUUCUGGGGAAAGAAUGCUAAAUGCUUUGCUAGCAAAAUCACUGUGGCACGCAAACUGGAACCAGUACAUAACAAAAGCCAUUUCCCUGAAGACUCUGUUGUGACGAGCCUUCAGUUUACCUCAUUUUUUUGUAGCAGCCCUUGGGUGUGUUAUUUUUUUUUAUUGUAAAGGUACAAACAUUUCUCAUAGUAUUUUCAAUUAAGCAAAAAUAGUCUGCACCGUAAAUGUGAUCUUUUCAAAGGAAAGUGAGGCUGAGGUUGUUGGUGUAUGACCCUUUUAGUUGCAGAGCUUGUUAAAAAAACAUUGGAACUUCCCUCCCUGACCCCCACUCCCCCACACACACACCAAAAGGUCCCUUUAUGAUUUCCCAAGACUAAUUCAGUUUCCGUUAUAAUAACAAGCAUUACGUUGUUCUUCAGUUCAGACUAGCCCCCCCCCCCCCCCCCCCCCCCCCCCCCCGUUCUUCUCUCUUUGCGUUGACUCAUCUGCUACAUGUAGCCGCAUUUUUACCAGCGAUAACUCCAAGCACAGCUAUGGACUUUGGAACAAAAUGAUGCUACAGGAGACGUCACUACUAGGUCAAACUGAUGUAAAUACCUUUGUUCUGUAAUGUGUGUUACUUGUUAUGACUAAUUUAUUAUCAGUCAGAUGGACAUUCUUAAAUUA